AGAAACACACAAGAGAUGAAGAAAAUGGCUCAAACUCUAUAUUUCAGUCUGCUUGUCAUUGCUCUCUGUUCAUUAUCUGAAUGCAUUCAGCGCCGCUAUCACUAUAUAAACAUUGAGAAGAACUGGACUGAAGCUCAGACAUACUGCAGAGAGAACUACACAGAUCUGGCCACAGUCAACAACAUCAAUGACAUGAAUGAGCUGAAGAAGACUGUGUAUAACAGUGUGGUGUAUGUCUGGAUUGGACUAAAGAGAACAGGUGUUUAUAAAUGGAAGUGGUCUCUGGGUGAUGCUGUGAAAUAUCUGAACUGGGAAACUGAACCAUCAACUGACACAAAUAAUUCUGCUGUUAUGAGAAAUGGAAAAUGGCUUCAGCAGGACUGUAAUGUGCCGUCACAGUUCAUCUGCUACAAUGGUGCAUCAAAGGAUUUAAUUAUCUGUCAAUCACAGACUUUAAUUCUCAGCUGUGGCGUGGUGUCACUGUCACUACAGGCCCUUUUACAAGUGUUCCGGUACUCUGGCAAUUUAAUUCGACCAAAAAAAAUGUUUUCAGCCUCCUCAGAUGAAGCCAAAGGAAAAAGACUUUUUGUCAUCUGUGUGAUGUUUAUAACAGACAGCCGUCCAGAUGUGAGAAGGAACUGUUACCCGUUUAAAUUUGUCCAUUGGUGGUAUUUCCUCAUUACUGGGUACAGCACAGUCGUCCUCUUGUGGUAUUUUCUUAUUACCGGGUACAGUACCUGUGACAAUAUCUUCCAGUGAAUGCGGUUGAAGCAAGCAUCCAUCGGCACAGCGUUGGUCAGAGUGAAUGUCGCCUGACGGGCAUCGUCACGUUGGAUACCGUUGGGGUUCAGGUGUCCGCGAUCAUAUCCCGUGUGUUCGUAGUCA